AUGAGAGAAUACACGCUGAUAUUUCUUGUAGCUCCAAUAUUGGCUGCUAUUAAAGGACCAUAUGAUAUACCACCAGAGUUGCCGCCAUUGAACGACGAAAAUUUUUUUGAUCGUUCUCAUUCUGAAUACGAAACAGUGUUGACACCAGAAGACUUCGAGCUUGGAGUUCGUAUCACUGCAGCCAUGGCUCAUGACAACGGAGACAUCUGGGAUUCUGAUGCUAUGUACAGCAAAGACAGAUUUGAAGGAGAUAUUGCGAAUGAUAAUCUGAAUGCGUCUACUGUUGAGUUGUUUGCCAACGGAGGAUCCGGUCAAACUGAAGAUGGAAAGUGGUACAAUGCCAUCAAGAACCGACUUCAAUUGUGGCCAGAAGGAAGAAUUCCAUAUACUAUUUCUUCCCAAUACAGCUCCUACAGUCGUUCUUUGAUCGCUGCCUCCAUGCAAGAAUAUGCUAGUCAUACCUGCAUCCGUUGGGUUCCAAAAGAAGCAGCUGAUGUCAACUACGUCCACAUCUACCCAGACAGAGGAUGUUACUCGAUGGUCGGAAAGAUGGGAGGCAAGCAAUCUCUGUCCCUCGGCUCUGGAUGUAUCCAAAAAGGAAUUAUUCUUCACGAGUUGAUGCACGCUGUUGGAUUCUUCCACGAGCAGUCUAGAACUGAUCGUGACGAUCAUAUUACUAUUAUGUGGAACAAUAUUCAAGCAGGAAUGCAAGGACAGUUCGAGAAAUAUGGACAUGGAACAAUUCAAUCCUUGGGAACCUCAUAUGACUACGGAAGUAUUAUGCAUUACGGAACAAAGGCUUUCUCAAGAAACGGACAACCAACUAUGAUCCCAAAAAAGAGUGGUGCUACUAUUGGACAAAGAAAUGGUUUCUCAAAGGUAGACAAGUUCAAGAUCAACACUUUGUACGGGUGUCCAGUUGAAGGAGAAAAACCAACGACCGCUGCACCAACAUCUGCUCCAAUUGUGAUCACAGUUAAACCGAUUGUCGUUUCUACCUCUAGACCAACAGUAAUCCAAACCGUGUCUCCAUCUGUCCCAUUGAAACCAAGCGAGUGCAAAAACUUGAGAGGAGACUGUGAUGAUCUUGCUAAGCAAGGAUGGUGCAUCAGAAACCCCGGAUGGAUGCGUGCUAACUGCCCGAUUCCAUGUGGAAUGUGUAUUCCAACCAAGCCAACCUCCCCACCAGUCAUUCAAACUACAGCCCAACCAGCUACCACACCAAAACCACAAAAACCAGUCACCCUUCCAAUUCAACCCCUACCACCCGUCCCGCCACUUCCUCCAACUACCCCGGAAGAUUGCGAAGAUCUUCGUGUGGAUUGUCUGGUGUUGGUCUCACAAAGAUACUGCAAAAUCUCACAAAACUUUAUGAAAUCGUAUUGUGCGAAGAGUUGUGGAUUCUGUUACAAGCCACCACCAACCGAGAUUCCGGAUAACGGACCAGCACCAACUGUGGUAACCACCAGACCACUUGUCACACUGCCACCAGCGGUCAUCAGGUCGCGUUCUCCGGCUCCGCCCGUUUAUUCAACCACGACCAAGGCUGCUCCAACAACAACAUCCGCUGCUACCGCAACUCCUUUCACCACAACACCACCAACUAGCGAGUGUUCCGAUCGCAAACAUUUUUGCUCACACUGGAAGAGCGCUGGAUUCUGUGAAGGCAUCUUCAUGAACUACAUGAAAAAGAAUUGUCCGGCUUCGUGUGGCCUUUGCUAG